AGAGAGAUGGCCGGUGGAGAAAUCAACAUAGAAGAGUUUGAGCUCAGCGAUGAGGGGGAAGAUACUAUGCAUGGAUCCGUUGGAAGCAGGCUUGCUUUGUUCUCAAAAGAGAUGAACCUUGCAAUGAUCACUAAAGAUUGUUACGGAGCUAAUUUCUUCAUUCAUCCUAAUGGAAGGUUUUAUAGGUGUUGGGAGAACGUAAUUUUCUUGUGGUCUAUUUAUUCAGCGUUUUUUACGCCAUUAGAGUUCGGUUUCUUCGAGGGAUUGCCGGAGCUUAUGGAGGUUCUCGAUUGCAUUCAGGUUGUGUUCUUUGCGGAUGUGAUAAUGCAGUUCUUUGUGGCUUACAGAGAUGAUCGAACUUAUAAGUUGCUCCAUGAUAGAAGAAGUAUUGCUCUUCGAUAUGCAAAGAAUAAUUUACUUCUUGAUCUGCUCAGUUGCCUCCCAUGGGAUGCCAUAUACAAGGCAACAGGAAAAAGAGAAAUCUUCAGAUAUUUCUUAUGGAUACGCCUUCAUCGAGCAAGAAACAUCCUCAAAUUCUUCAAGAAAAUGGAGAAGGACAUCCGAAUAAACUAUCUCUUUACAAGGAUUGUGAAGCUGAUCACAGUAGAACUAUACUGUACUCAUACUGCUGCAUGUAUUUUCUACUAUCUCGCAACGACUAUGCCUUCGUCGCAGGAGGGAUAUACGUGGAUCGGGAGCCUGAAACUGGGAGAUUAUCAGUAUAUGCACUUUAGAGAGAUUGAUUUCUGGAGGAGAUAUAUAACAUCAAUGUACUUUGCUAUUGUGACUAUGGCAACUGUUGGUUAUGGGGACAUCCACGCAGUCAAUGUGAGGGAGAUGAUAUUUAUCAUGAUAUAUAUCUCCUUCGAUAUGAUUCUUGGGGCUUAUCUGAUCGGUAACAUGACUGCUUUAAUCGUCAAGGGUUCUAAAACUGAGAGGUUUCGGGACAAGAUGACGGAACUUAUCAAAUAUAUGAACAAAAAUAAGCUUGGCAGAGAUCUCAGGUCACAAAUUAAGGAUCACUUACUGCUACACUAUGAGAGUAACUAUACUAGAGAUAGCAUUCUGGAAGAUAUUCCAGUGGCUGUAAGAUCAAAGAUAUCUCAGACCUUGUACAGUGAAAUGGUAAAGAAAGUGCCACUAUUCAAAGGAUGUUCAGAUGAAUUCCUAAAUCAGAUAGUAAUGAAGUUGAAUGAAGAAUUCUUUCUUCCAGGGGAAGUGAUUCUUGAACAAGGAAGCGCCGUGGAUCAAAUCUACAUUAUCUCUCACGGACACCUGGAGGAGGUGGUUAUUGGAGAAGAUGGAUCAGAAGAAUCCAUAGCAGAGCUCGCGACUUAUGAUAUAUUUGGCGAAGUUGCAGUAUUGUGCAAUAUACCACAGCCAUACACUGUUCGUGUUUGCGAAUUAUGCAGGCUCCUCCGAAUGGAGAAGCAAGCUUUAACAAGCAUUCUACAGCUGUAUUUCAAGGAUAGCCGACAAAUACUUAGUAAUCUACUAAAGGGGAAAGAAACAGAUCUAAGGAUCAAGCAACUGGAGUCAGAUAUCACAUAUCUCAUUGCCAAGCAAGAGGCUGAGCUAGCAUUGGGAGUGAAUAGUGCAGCUUUCCAUGGUGACUUGUACCACCUUAAAGGAUUGAUAAAUGUGGGUGCAGAUCCAAACAAAACUGAUUACGACGGAAGAACAGCACUGCAUAUGGCUACAUCAAGAGGAUACGAAGAUAUCGUCAGGUUUCUCAUUCAACGCAAAGCAAAUGUCAAUAGCAUAGAUAAAUUCGGAAACUCGCCAUUGUUAGAAGCUGUAAAGGCUGGACACGACAGAGUUGCGGCACUACUCGUGGAGAACGGUGCGAUUUUGAAUUUGGAAGAUGCUGGGAGCUACCUUUGCAAAGUGACAGCAAAUAGCAAGAUUGACAUAUUGCGGCGUUUGUUAGAAAACGGAGUUGAUCCAAAUUCCAAAAAUUACGAUCAGAGGACACCACUUCAUGUAGCAGCAGCAGAAGGCUUGCACCUUGUGGCAAGUGUCUUGAUCGGCUACGGAGCAGAUGUUCUUUCAGAAGACAGGUGGGGGAACACUCCACUCGACGAAGGGCGAAGAUGUGGAAGCAAGCCACUUCUCAAGAUACUGGAGCAAGCAAGAGCAGAUGGUAUGCGUGACUCCCACUGAAGGGUAGAAAUCUCGGAUUCGCAGGAGAUGGAUUUAUUGUUCUAAGCAACCUAUGUCAAAUACACACAUGAAUUGGGAUACAGAUACUGGUAUCGCAACCCCUCAGUCGACAUCGCUCCCCUGAGAUUAGGUACAGUUCAUACAUUCACUCGUGCAACCAGUAAAUCCCGGUAUUACAACAGUCGGGUCGGGUUCAUUGUCGUUGUAUAAAGCCGUUAGCCUUCCUAUGCACAACUACAUGUUAAUUAAUUUUUUUUUUUAAUAUUGGAAUGGAGACAGUAUUUGAAUCUUGCCAACAUAUAUUGCUUAAUUUAAGCUGAUACCAGCGCUUCGAAACUGUAUUUAUCUGAUUAAAUCAAGAUGAUCUUAUAAGAAUUUGGAAGAACAAGAGAUAUUGGUUCAAACGCAGACAUAAAAGUAUC